AGGCGGGCAGGGGCCAUGGCUGCGGCGCGGCACGGGGGUGGCUGGACGGGGCGGGUGGGCACCGGGCCGGGGCUCCCCCCGCUCCCCAUCCCCGGGGCUUCGGCCCCGGCCCCGCCGCGUAACGGCCGCCUCUCGCCCCCGCAGCUCCCCGCGCCGCGCCGCCGGGACCCCUUCGACCGCCGGGCAGGCCACAGCGAGGAGAAGGAGGAGGAUGAAGAGGAGGACAGAGUGAACUUGGCGGAAACCUCCUUGCUGAACAAGCUCAUCCGCACGUCCCUUGUGGAGUCCAGCCACCACGUGGAGAUCCUGCAGCAGGACCCCAGCUCCCCGCUCUUCUCCGUCAAAACCUUUGAAAAGCUGCCCCUGAAGAAGGAGCUCUUGCAGGGGAUUUACAACAUGGGCUUCAACAGACCAUCCAAAAUCCAGGGGAUGGCUCUGCCGAUCAUGCUGGCAUACCCGCCCCACAAUCUGAUUGCCCAGAGCCAGUCAGGGACAGGGAAAACAGCAGCUUUUGUCUUGGCGAUGUUGAGCAGAAUUAAUGCCGCUGAGAAAUACCCGCAGUGCCUCUGCUUGGCUCCCACCUAUGAGCUGGCUCUGCAGAUUGGGCGUGUGAUCGAGACAAUCGGGCGGUUUUGCAUUGACACCAAGGUGACGUACGCUGUCCGGGGAAACCUAGUUCGGCAGGGCACCGUGGUGCAGGAGCAGAUUGUCAUCGGGACACCGGGGACGAUGCUGGAUUGGUGUUUCAAGCAGAAGGUCAUAGACAUGAAGAAGAUCGGCACGUUCGUGCUGGAUGAAGCUGACAUCAUGAUCGACACGCAGGGCCUCUCCUGUCAAAGCAUUCGUAUUCAGAGAGCUUUACCCAAGGGCUGCCAGAUGCUGCUGUUCUCAGCCACCUUCAGGGAUACCGUGCGGGCAUUCGCCAUGCAAAUCGUCUCCAACCCCAUCGUGAUAAAGCUGCGCGAGGAGGAGCUCACCCUGAGCAACAUCAGGCAGUACUUCUUCGUGUGCAGGGGCAGGGAGGAGAAGUACAGAGCCCUCUGCAACGUCUACGGCAGCAUCACCAUCGGCCAGGCUAUGAUCUUCUGCCAGACGCGGAGGAGCGCGGACUGGCUGUCGAAGGAGAUGAGCCAGGACGGGCACCAAGUGGCCAUCCUGACAGCGGAGCUGACGGUAGCCCAGCGGGCCAGCGUCAUCCAGCGCUUCCGUGACGGGAAGGAGAAGGUCCUCAUCGCCACCAACGUCUGCGCCAGAGGGAUCGACGUGCAGCAGGUCACCAUCGUGGUGAACUUCAGCCUCCCCGUGAAUCGGGAGAGGGAGCCGGAUUUUGAGACCUACCUCCACCGCAUCGGGCGAACGGGACGCUUUGGGAGGAGGGGCAUCGCCUUCAGCAUGGUGCAAAGCCAGAACGUGGGGCUCGUGCAGAUGAUAGAGGAGCAUUUCCAGACCAAGAUCAAGCAGCUGGACCCAGACGACAUGGAUGAGCUCGAGAACCUGGAAAACUGAGUGAGGAGGGGGGAUUUGUUCUCCCAGACCCCAGUUUUGGUUUGAAACAGAAGGAAAAGUUACUGGGAAAAAUCUCCCCCUUCUCUUCUAACUUCCUAAAGCUGUUUGGUUUUCUUGUGAUGUUUUAGAAGACGGGGGCGGGGGGGAACUCUCAGAGCUGUGGUUAUUGUUCUUGGGUUUGUUCCUUGUUUAUCUCCAAGGUUUUCGUGGCUUGAGCGGUCCCCUCAGGGGCUUCACACAGCGCAACGUUCCUCAAAAAUGGGUCUGGGGGUGUUUGCAAAACAGGUGAACUCUGUUAACUGGCCCAAAAGAUCGGCUGCUGCUCUCCAGUGGCAGCGGUGGGCCAGCAAAAUCCUUGGAGAAAGCUUUAAUAAGGAAAAAAAAAGUCAGGGGAAAGGAGUAAGGUAUUAAACAAUAACAGCAAUGCAGUCACGCUAGAUGGCAGCAGGAAUCCGCCGCUGCCAUCCCAAAUCCCGUCGGGACCUGAAACUUGAGUUUUUUGGGGUCAGGAUGGUGGCAGGGAGCGAGGCUGGACCUCUGUGGGCUGCCUGUCCCCAGCCCAGGGCUGCGUGUGUCCCCAGCGGGUUUAUCCCGUGGCUGUCACCACAUUCGUCUCGAAUAAACCAGAAUUAUUUUGAA